AGAAUGAGAUGUGCACAUUACAGCUCCCAAGUCCCUCCCCAGGCGCUCUAUAAAUAACGAAGCACGCAAGGGAGCUAAGGCAAGGCGGGCAUUUGUUUGAGUGAGGACUUUUAUCAAACAGAUGGUGGGCAUUAUUAAAAUGGGGCGUUGGGGGUUGGUGAUGGCAGUGGUGGCAAUAAUGGCGAUGGCGGUGGGGGAAGUGGCGGCGCUGACGGCGGCAGAGUGUCAAGCGGAGAGAGAUAUGGCGGUGAAUGCGUGCAAAUCGGUGUUGUUCGGGAGAAAUCCGUCGCCGGCGUGCUGUCAGAGGGCGAGAGUAAGUCAUACAGUGUGUAUUUGCCCGGCGGUGACGCCUAAGCUAAUGACAUAUGUGGAUCCUAUUCGCGCCAUUCGACUCAUAGAAAGCUGCGGCCGUAAGGUUCCUCGCCAUUUCAAAUGUGGAAGUUUUACCACUCCAUGAAAAUUAUCGAGAUGAGAUUACCCAAGCAAAUCUCGAUAUAAAAACGAUGGACACAAAUUAAGUUAUUGUGUAUCUUUUUUUUUUUUUUUUUUUGUUCUUCAAUGUUUAAUGUUAAUUAAUAUCCACUACUUUUAUGUAUGACUUUAGUUUAAAAAAUAAUAAUAAAUAAAGUUUGUUAAGCUUAA